AUGUCGCUACAUAGAAUGCAACUAGGGGUUCGGGACGAAGGCGAUGGAGUUGGGGCUGCCCCGGCUUGUGAGGUUUCCACAGCCAACACAGACUACUGGGGUCUGCGGAUUGGCUCCAUCUUCAUUAUCCUGGUCGGUUCCGCACUUGGCGCCCUCCUACCCGUUGUCUUGGCGAGGACGUCUAGGACUCGGAUGCCGAAAGCAGCUUUGUUCGUGGCCAAGUACUUUGGUACCGGUGUGAUCUUGGCUACGGCUUGGAUGCACCUUCUCUCCCCGGCGUCUGACAAUCUUCGCGACGAAUGUCUCGGAGAUAUCCUCCCUGAUUAUGACUGGGCAAUGGCCAUUGGCUUGAUGACCGUCAUGGUCAUGUUUCUCCUCGAACUUAUCAUCUCACACUUUGACUUUGGCUUCGGCUCCCCUAAGGGGCACAGCCAUGGUGCUUUGGCCCCUUCAGCCGGAAUGGGCACUGUUGAGGCUUCUGGCGCCGAUGUCUCCGGCAAGGAAAGAAUUCAUCCUCUGGGCGACGAGUUCAGCUACGCACCAAACGGAACGGACCACCUGGGCCACCAGCGGGACCAUGUCGAAGGCGACGGAUAUGCCAACUACGCCGCGCAGAUCACCGCCAUCUUCGUGCUUGAGUUCGGCGUCAUCUUCCACUCCAUCUUCAUUGGCCUCACCCUCGCUGUCACAGACAAUUUCAUUAUCCUAUUCGUCGUCUUGGUCUUCCACCAAACCUUUGAAGGCUUCGGACUGGGCGCUCGCCUAGCCAUGGCAACCUGGCCCAAGGGGGCGCGGGGCUGGACGCCCUACAUUCUGGGCAUGCUCUACGCCAUCAGCACGCCCUUGUCGAUUGGAAUGGGCCUUGUCGCCAACGAGACUCUUUCGCUGGAUGCGGCAACGAGCAAGGUGGUCAAUGGCGUCUUUGAUGCCAUCAGCGGCGGCAUCCUCAUGUACACGGGUCUUGUCGAGCUGGUGGCUCACGAGUUCAUGUUUAGUCCCGAAAUGCGCAGAGCAGGUCUGCCGACGCAGCUUGCGGCGUACGCCUGCGUGGCGACGGGUGUUGGCUUGAUGGCGCUCCUCGCGAAAUGGGCGUGA